AUGCCUAUGGUUGCAGAUCCAGCUUUUCGUGCCAACUGGUCCGAUUGGAUCCCUGCCAGCGACUUCGACCGGAAGUUCCUGGGCUCUUCUGGAGGAUCUUCGGAUGGCAUCGCAAGCGGCAUCGCUCUCUCGGACCAGCCCUUCAUUGUGCCCGUUCCUCGUUUCAAUGGCCAGCCGGCGGCCGUGCCAACCUUCACCAUCGUGCCUCGCAAAGGGGCUCUCAAGGCGGUUGAGGGCUGGGAGUGGGCGUCGCAAGAGCACAGCGUGAUCAUCAACUUCGAUGCCGUGGACAGCCCCGCUGCCUGGGCGGCUCACAAGCACGGCUGCUCGCUGCUGAACGAAACUGCGGCCGAACGGGGCAUCUUCGCUUCCGCGGACGCGACCUGCGAGCUGCUUUCGGAGUGCCCGUCCGAAGAGCUGUGCACAAAGGUCCGCACCCAGAGCAUGGGAGGCAAGAACGCCACGGACACCAGUUAUCACGACUUCAACGAGGGCAGGGAGCCGAAUCAGACGAUGCUUCUGUCUCCGGAGGGUGCGGUGAAGCUCUUGCUUUGCUUGCGCACCCGCGCCCCAGAUUGCAGCGAGGACUUCGAACGGAAGCGGCGGUGGCUCUAUGAUAGUGGCAGCCGCAGCAUUCACCUUGGCAAGGCCUACGCCUUGAAAGUUCCCAUGGAAACUUUGUUGGAGCGUGCCGACCGGCUGCGCCACUUCGCGGGUCUGUCGUUGCUCAAGGAAAUCCGGAGAAAUCUGACGGAGGAGGACGCCGGGCGCUUCGACGAGGAUGCCGCAGCAGGGGUCUGGCAGCUACCUGAGCCGUCUGCCGAGCUGCUCUCCACGCUUGCCACGCUGGUGCAAGAGGAGAGGCGAAUGCCCAAGCUCCUGGCCCAAUCGCUGAUGCGCAGCCCGUCUCCGAAGUUACCGCCCGAGACGAGCCAGCUCAAGGCAGCCUUUGCCGACCUCACCGUGCUGGAGGUGAACUUGGAUGAUGCAGCGCAGCUGAACCGCUUAGCCACCCUGGCCCAGCUUGCAAGCGGGCUCCUGAACCUGCGGCUCUUCUGCAUCUCCUGCCCGGGGCCUCGAAAGGUGCCGAAUCAGGAGGGCCUGCGUGGCUUGUCGACGCACCUGGGCCGUUCUUUCAUGGGGAGCCUCGGUAGGGAACUCCAAAACCCCUUAAUUAAGGACUAUUCCUUAAAUUCUAGUAGGAUCCUUUAUAUGAUUUAA